AUGAAUGCUUUUAAAAAUAAUUUCAAGAAAUUUUCGUAUUUAAAUCAAAAAAGAUUUUUAGGAAAUACUGUUAGAGGUCCUUUACCAAAAGAGAUAAGUAAAAAUGUUGAAUAUGCUUUCGACUUUUUUACUAAAAGAGCUCAUACAUAUCAAGAUUUCAAACAACAAUGUGAGUCCUUAAGAAUUUUUAUAUAUUUUGGAUUAGUUACUUUUCUUUCUAUUGAUUUUUUAAUAAAUCCAUUAAAAUCCACUUAUUGGGAAAAAUUUAUGCCUAUCAAUUUGUUUAAAUGCUUUUUUAAUUCUUUUUUAAAUAAACAAGAUAAUAUUUUUAGACAUAAUGGAUGUUCAUCUUAUGAAAAAUAUAUUCAAUUAAUUAAUUAA